AUGUGGACCAUCCAGGUCUCCCUCAUUCUGAGCUUUCUGUGUGGAAGAGGAUUAGGAGGAGCAGCUAGAGGAGAGUGUGAAUGGGGUGUCAGUCUUUGUGAAAUCGGUGACCCCCUCAACAGCAUUUCAACCUGUAACUUUGAGAGUCCUCUGACCACCCUGUCAGGAGGCAUAGAGAUGCAGCAGUUCAGCACCAAGGUUCAGGACAUUAUAAAGACUCUGACUGACCAGCCAGUCAACACCCAGGAGAGUACCACUAGUUAUCUUGGCUUCCCUUACUACCUACGCAUAGACCUACUGUGUGGUUCAAAGGAGUCUUCUAAGCGUGCUAUUCAGGAGGCCCUUCUCACAGGGUUGACCCCCAAUGUAGUCCUGACCUUCCAGGAACCCGUCCACCCCAUCCGCCUCAAAUCGCAGAGACUGCAGAUCAUUCUCACCACAGCCCCCCUGCUGGACAGUGUGCCCUGUGACAGCGACCUGUGCCAGCUGGGUUGGUAUGCUCCCAUGCCCAUCCUUAAUGGGUCGGUAGUAUACAGGGUUCAAGUGGUGUCAAAUGGCCAGGGUCAACUGGUGCCUGAGAGAAGCUUUGCAGUGAAUGUUAAUGGCUAUGUGCGCACCACUGACAGAGGGGAGACGGAGAUCUCCUUUGGUACGGAGAUGCCAGCACUGGAGGACAUGAUGGUUUUGGGCAGUCCCUCUCGCCCUCUGUGGGCAGUGGUGCAGAAUUCUCCCGUCCUCAUCCUCCCUGGUAUUCCUGGCUUCAAGGCUGUUCUGAUGACCGCCACAGAGUUCCAGCACACCUCCCCCAUCGAGGUGGGCAUCGAGAGCUGUUGGGCGGGCUCCCUGAACUGCCCUCAGGUGGAGUUCUCCUCCAUGAUCUUGGAGGCAAUCUCCACAGAGAGCUCCCUGUUCGUCCGCCAGAACCAGCUGCUGCACCGCUUCGUGGGCAACUUCUCUCUGCUGCCUCUAAGAGUCCCGCCCUCAGAGGCGUGGCAGCAGGUGCUGCGCACAGUGUGUGUGUCCCGCAUGGUGCCUGUGUUCAUCCCGUACCACGACACCGAGUACUUCUACAUCCUGGGAGGAGGCUGGCAGAAGGGCACCCUCUACAGGGCCCAGGUCUACGAUGGGGAUGUGACGUUUACUCAGUUGCUAGACUCCAAGGGCAGAACUGCUUGCGAGUUUAUGAACAGUAAAGCCUGCCAGGUCAAAUGGGCAGCCCAGGAUUCUUCUCACAACCACCUGAUUGACUUGAUUCUCCUCGAACUGCUACUGGACAAUAAACAGGCCCACUCCUACCACCUCCUCAUAUUAGACAAUAAUUUCCACCUUGGCGACACCUUGCCCAAGUAUAUACCAAAAGGCAGUGGAGACUCGUUCACGGUGGUGACCAAGACUCAGGAGAAUGUCUCAGUGACUCUGCACUUGAGGGGCAUGGUGUUCAACCCCAUCAGUGCCAUCCUCUACAUCUGGGGCAACGCUCUGCUCUGCUCUCAAGACCAGGGGAUGAGCUACCUGUUCUUUAAUGGCUUCCCUCUGGAUCAGAUGAUCAAGUACUUCACUCUGUCCUACCACGGAGAGUUCGCCUUCGUCACAGAGACCGAAGAGCUGUGGUGGGGGCAGGAGGGCGUGGACCAGGUAAUGCGAGUGCGCCCCUCCCUGAGCUGGCAGGCCUUCUCUAGCCUGCAGGCUCUGAAGGGCGACAGCUCCUACUCCAUGACCCACAGCCUGCUCACUGUCUUCUACGACUGGGACAAACAGUUGCAGGAGGUGGUUUACACAGUGGACUCUAAGGGAAAGGGUUCUGUGGUGAAGAGGGAGCUGCCUGUGCCAGAGAUACUUUCCUAUAGCCACUUCUCGACCACCCCCCGCAAAGUCCACCACUUGGAGUACUGUGCCUUUAUCUGGCACAUGGCAGACCUGCCCCACCCAGAGCCCUACAACCGUAUCCAGCAAUACCUGACCCGGCCCCCCCUGGUGCCCACCUUGGGCCUCCAGACCACUGCCUCCCUGGCCACCUACCAGGGCCUGCUGCACCACCUGCUCCAACUGCACUCAGACUACAUCAUGGACAUUGGCGACCCCGUCCAUAACCCAACCUGGCGCUGGUGGAAGGACAAAGACUACUACUUCUACAUGGCUAGCAACGGCGUGUCGUCCACAGGCUUCAACGUGGAGAUUGGGGGCUACUCCCGGGCCUACAUGAGUUCGGAGAUCACCUUCCCAGACAUGGUGUACCUGGACCGGGUUUCCUCCUUCUCCUUCUCCAUCUACAUCGCCUGCGGCUCAGCCAAACACCUCUCUGUGGAGGAGAAACCCAGAGAGCUCAGUGACAUCAACUACAUCUGGCUCUCAGCUGAGGUAUCCAACAACCGCUACAUCCAUGUGUCUGUGACCAGGAACGAGCUCUUCAACAGAGGGACCGUGUUAUAUAAGGUGACUGUGAAAGACAGGGGGCUGUUUCCCGGUCAAGUGCUGGCGGGUGAGGGGCUCCUGGCUUUCAACCUCCUGCUAAGGGUGAGCAGCUCGGAGAUGAAGUGCUACCAGCAGAAAGACCAGGGGAUAGCCCUUAGAGGGCUGCACAGGGUGCCCAUCUACAUUGGCUGCCCUCCCGGGAACCGCCUGGCAUUUGACAUCACAACCACCCUGGAGCAGUGUGCCAACAACAACAAGCGCUACUUCAACUGCCCCAAACCCGACCCCAUCAUGCCUUGCUUUUACUAUGAAGACCUGUUCUAUCCCUUCUUCUUGAUCCAGGACAUGGUCUCUGGAGAGUCCGAGAGAUUCCUCGGGAGCUAUACCUUUAAGGUGGUUGGCGGAGGAGCUUACUCGAAAGAUCACCUCCGCCUCUACACUCCAGAGGAGGUGCUUAUGUAUAACAGCCUCAACUACAGCUCCCAGAGGACACUGGUCUGGAUGUUUGAAGACAUGGACAGCAGUGUUAAUAUCACUAAGGAAGGAUUCGUGGUCAUGCAUGGCAAUACAAACAAGAUUCGGUGGAUGUGUCAGGGGAAAUCUCCCUGUGGCAACAUGGCGGCUCAGAGCCUGGAAGCACCAGACUAUUACUUUGUCGUCGAAGUCUCAAACAAGGGUAUAGAUUUGAGUACGUACUGUGACUAUGCGUUGCGGUUUAUACUCCACGUGCAUGGAUUCCCAUUGGACCCCAGCAGAGGCCUUUUCUACAUGCUGAUGACUCUGGCCACCAUCGUAGGAAUCCUCGUCUGCUUCAUUGUGUAUAACUGCUGUGGUCCAGGCUUGAAGAAUCUGUUAAAGGCAGCCUACCAUGCCACCAAGCACAGGAGCCACGCAGCGCACGAAUCCGAUGUCUCACUGGCACCUAGUAUAGGGGAAGGAUUUCACAGAUCCAAGGAUUCAAGGCAGGGCUUAAGCCUAACAUCUACUAAUUGAAAGAAGAAAAAAUAUCACCAUAGCUCACCAUUCACUUUAU